CAGUCGUACAUGUUCUCGUCUCAGUAUAACGGAGAAGGAAGCGAUAUUUCAGAUUCUGCUUUAUUACAAAAUAUUGGGAAGUGGUGGGAGAACUAAAAAUCCAGAAAUUCUGUCACGAUGAUCCACAGUCUAUUCCUGGUUAAUGCAUCGGGGGACAUCUUUCUGGAGAAGCACUGGAAGAGUGUGGUCAGCCGAUCUGUCUGCGACUACUUCUUCGAGGCCCUGGAGCGCGCCACGGAACCGGAGAACGUACCUCCGGUGAUCCCGACGCCGCAUCACUACCUCAUCAACGUGCUCCGCCAUCGCAUCUACUUCGUGGCCGUCAUACAGAGCGAGGUGCCGCCGCUGUUUGUCAUCGAGUUCCUCCAUCGUGUAGUGGACACCUUUCAGGACUAUUUUGGGGUGUGCACAGAGGCUGCUAUUAAAGACAAUGUAGUUGUGGUCUAUGAGCUGCUGGAGGAGAUGCUGGAUAAUGGCUUCCCCCUGGCCACCGAAUCAAACAUCCUAAAAGAGCUCAUUAAACCUCCUACCAUCCUGCGCACAGUGGUCAACACCAUCACAGGAAGUACUAAUGUUGGUGAGCAGCUUCCUACAGGUCAGCUGUCAGUGGUACCGUGGCGGAGAACAGGCGUCAAAUAUACCAACAACGAAGCUUAUUUCGACGUGGUGGAAGAAAUCGAUGCUAUCAUUGACAAAUCGGGUUCAACCAUCACAGCUGAGAUACAGGGAGUGAUAGACGCGUGUGUGAAACUAACAGGGAUGCCAGAUCUCACCCUGUCGUUUAUGAACCCUCGACUCCUGGAUGAUGUCAGCUUCCAUCCCUGUGUGCGGUUCAAGCGUUGGGAGGCAGAGAGAAUUUUGUCUUUCAUCCCACCAGAUGGCAACUUUCGCCUCCUGUCCUACCACGUCAGCUCUCAGAACCUGGUGGCCAUCCCAGUGUACGUCAAGCAUAACAUCAGCUUCAGAGAAGGCAGUUCUCAGGGCCGCUUCGAGCUCACUCUCGGCCCAAAGCAGACCAUGGGUAAGGUGGUGGAAGCAGUCCUGGUGAGCAGUCAGCUGCCGCGGGGCGUCCUCAAUGCCAACCUCAACCCCUCACAGGGCACUUACACUUUUGACCCUGUCACAAAGCUUUUGUCAUGGGAUGUGGGGAAGAUAAACCCCCAGAAACUGCCGAGUUUAAAAGGGUCUAUGAGUCUUCAGGCUGGGGCCUCCAAACCUGAUGAAAACCCCACAAUCAACAUCCAGUUCAAGAUUCAACAGCUGGCUAUUUCAGGUCUGAAAGUAAAUAGGUUGGACAUGUACGGCGAGAAGUACAAACCUUUCAAAGGCAUCAAAUACAUGACCAAGGCGGGCAAAUUUCAAGUCCGAACCUAGACGACGUCUUUCAGCUUCCAUUCCAUAGUUGAUAUUAUUGGUUGGGGACAACGAAGAAAGAGGGAACAGGUUUGAGUAAUGUCCUUUGGGAUGCAUUUCAGGAUUAAUUCAGGAAAUAAAUGUUAAGACUGUCCUCCUUUACUGGGAGAGUACAACUCCUGGUGAGGUAAAUUAUUGUUAUUAACACUAUCAGAUGUGCUGUUACAUGUCCGCCCCAGGUUUAAAGCGACAGUAACUGUUUCUACGUCUUUUUUUUUUACUUUGUGUCCAUUUUAUUUGCAGCUUCUUUGGAUUACAAACCUCAAUUUCUAAUUUGCUGUUUUGACCAUACCUUUUUAUUGUCAGUUUUCUCAAUCUGCAACACUUAAGUCCCGUUUCUUCAUAGGAUUGAACUCUACUGUUGUGUAUUGAUCUGUGCUGUCCUCCUCUGAGAUGUGAGGUGGGCAGGACAGACUUAUCAUCAUAUAUUACCAUUACAGACUUUUGGUCUCCGUCCCUAAUGAUUGUGUGCAAAGUAAACUGUUUUCAAAUGGUUUAACACUGAAGCUUUGAGUGCUUGUUUACUGUAGUAUUUUGACAGUAUAACUCUGGUUUGUUUGAAUGUUUUUGAAGAUUUUCCUUAUGGUAUUUAUUAUUGCAUACCUGACCAUACCCAAACUAUUUGAAGCAUAACUGACCAAAACAAACGCUGUACAUGAUACUUGAUUGUCCCGUGUCAGUUGUUUUACACCAGAGUGCAACAUGCUUUUAAAAAAGAUGGACUUGAAGCCAAGUACUACACCUGUCCAGUCAUGUAAAGUGUAGUUUUUAGACAAUAUAAUAUGAUUUGUUUACUUAUGGUUACUGAAUAAAAUAUUAAAAUAUAAACAUGUUUUGAUUUGUAGCUACUAUAGAUGUUUUUUUUCUUUCCUCCAUGCUGUUUUUCAGAUAAAAACAAACUGUUUACAGUACUAUGAAAUAAUAAAUAUACAAAAAAACA